UGAUAAUAUGACAAAGUUAUGGCGGUAAUAUCGCGUGAAAACGUAUUUUAAUAUACGCAUCGGGGUAGGUGGCGUGAUAAUCGCCUCGUAUUACUUCCUCCAGCUUUCUCUCCCUUUAUUAUUUCUAAAUGAGAGUGACGUCAGAUCUUGCGAAUACAGAAUCUUCUUGUCUGGUAAGGUUGACUGAUUAAAUCCAUAUUUUGGCAAAGUAACGAAUAAAACGUGCAGUAAUAAAUCUCAAUUGCUCGUGAAUUUUAUAUAUAAUAUUGCAUUUAACAUCUGAUUUAUUUAAAUUCUUGAAAGAAAGAACAAUAAAAUAAUAUUCAAUGAAAUCGGUUACUUCUCUCGCGGAAACAAAUUUUCAAGGAAUCGGACGUGACAUGGCUGAGCGGCUUGGUUUGGGUUCUGAAAUACGGGAACUCAAAUUAGGACCAAGCUUUACAAACAAUAGGUCGACGGCAUUUCAUACUUUAAAAUAUGAUUUUAAACCAGCAAGUGUUGAUGUUUCCAAAGUAGCAAGAGUUGAUGUUGGAGCAAACAAUAUGAUGACAGUUACUGUUCCACAUUUAGAUGGUGCUGGAAUUCCUCAUACUGUAUUUAAAGGUUCUCAAAGGCCUUACCAUAAGGAAUGCGUUCUGAUAAUUGAUAGAGUUACUGGAGAAAUUACAUUGGAGAAAUUAACAGCAAAUAUCCAAGUAAAAAAAACCAGAACAGAACCAAAGUCUCAAUCACAUUUAGGAAUUUCUGGAGGUAAUAAUAGUAAUAAUAGCAAUAGACCUAUAACUCCAGUAGAAAUUAAAAAGAGUCCUACACAUGGAAGAACAACAACAAGAUCAAAAGUUAUUAGUGGUAAAAAAAGAGAACCUAGUAUUCAAUUACAUCCAAAACAAUAUAGCCCUCAUAGAGUUUCUCCAUAUCAUGGCAAAAGUCCACCUUCUACUUCAACUAAUAGUUCACCAGUGCAACCAUCAGUGGCACAUUCAGUGUUGGCCAGUUUACCAAUGAUUGGUUCUGAUAAUGAUGACUGUCCUUUAACAUCAACUGGAUCAUUUCCUGUUACAAAUUCUUCGAGGUCAUCAUGUACAAAUAAUACUACUAUUAUAAAACCUUCUGUAACUAUAGAUAGCGAUGAAGGUGCUCUUAGUGAUUCUACUUCAAGUAGUUCUACAGAAAGUUCAGAUAGUGAUUCAGACACUGAAAAUGUUCCAGUUUUAACAGGAACCAAUGGACAUUUAAAUAGUACUGCUUCGUCUCCCACAUGCUUAAUGCCAGAUAAUCUUCUAAAUGAUGAUUUACAAUUAUCAGAAUCAGAAUCUGAUAGUACCUAAUGGUAACAUAUAUUUAAUUAUAUAUAAUUUUCUAUAUUAAUCUAAUUAUAUUAAUAAUAUCAACAAAUAUAUUUCUAUUGAAUAGUGAUUUUGAGGAUUAAUAAGAUCUUUUAAAGAUCUUUUCACUGCAAAAAGUUUAUUUUUUCAACAUUUUAUUUUCUGUUAUAUUGAAGGAUUUAGACGAAAUAAAACAAUUCAAUUUUACUUCACAUUAUACACAAAACGUGUAUAGUAAACUUGAUAGUAUCUUCCAUAUAUUCAGUGUUGAAGUAAGUUAUAAUAUAUAAAUCUUUUGCUUUUUAUGCAAAAAAAUAUAUGAAAUGUGUAAUGAAUAGUAAUAUACUAUAUUAUUUAUAAGGUAUUAAGGGAUUGUACAAU